AUGGCGGAAGCACCAGUAGCUGUUGCUUCGGCGGUCAUUCUACCAGAGUCCGAGCAAACCCCCUCCCCACCAGCAGCUCUCAAACGAAGACAAUCCUCGUUCUCAGAUGACCACUCAAAAAGGCCCCGACUCGGCCAUUAUGACACAAAUGGAAGCAGACCAGACACCAUGACAAACCCGCAAUCAGAACGACGAAGGAGCGGACAGAUGGAGGAACGCAAACGCGGGCAAAGACUGUUUGGCGCUCUGCUCGGCACGUUAUCCCAGAGCUCAUCAUCCACAGCACAAAAGCGCCGCACGGACAUUGAGAAGAAGCAGCAGGCCAAGCUAAAGCUACAGGCGGAAGAACAGGACGAGAAGAAGAAGCAGAAGCUGGAGGCUCUCUUGGUGGUGCGCCGGGGAGAGCAGAAGAAGUUUGACAAACAAUCUGUAAGUUUCGCGCAAUAG